CGGUGCUCAACCUUGGGCAGAUUUAAUAUGACACUGCUGAUGCUGCUGAUCGUGUUUUCUACUUGGAAGAUCAGACUUAUCACAGCAUCCUGUCCAGAUAAUGAGGAACCAGUUUUUUGCUGGAGCAGUACUAAUGUUCCGCAAAAAUAUUGCACCGGCGUCAAUCUACAACAUAAGUGGUGGUGCAGAAAGUCAAGUUAUGGAAGAUGUGCGUGCAAAUCUACUCUAUUCAGACGAAAUGAUGGGAAAUGCGUUAGCGAAGAACAAUGUGAUGACACGUCAGGACAAGGUGGCCCAAAACGUCACAAGCGGCCUCCAGAGCAGCAAGGAGAUUCCUAUGAAAUACCGGAGGAGCUACGGGGAUCACCAUUAGAAGUCUACAGAACGGUUUUAGAGUUUGUUCAGCAAAAUGAAACUCUUUAUGCCGUAAUGAUGACAAAUGAUGAUUUGCCCCGUACAUUCAAAAACGCGGGAAAAUGCUUGAAAUCUGAAUAUAUUACCAAAACUAGCAGCGGAGCUCUGCGCUUAUUGGAGUGUUUCAAGGAAGUGCCAAGGAAAACGGCUCCUUCCUCGGUUGCCAACGGCACAUCCGUUCGACCUGAUCAGUACGGCGAGGUAGAGUUUGAUGUCCUUCGUGAUAAGUAUCAAGUGACUAUCGCUCUCAGCCUCAAUCAACGUGAUAACUCUGCAGCAGAAGAUGGUGAAUAUGGUGAAUAUGACUUACGAGAAAGAUUCUUUGUUUUUGAUGUUACAAACACCUGUUUACUUUUAAAUUACGGAAGCUGGGGUAAACGUGAGUAG